CACAACUCGACACCAUCAACCAGACUACUUUGGAAGAAACACUCGUCACAGCCAUGGCAGCUCCGAUAGCACGCAUUCAAGCGCUACAGAAGCUCUCUUGCUCAAUCUUCAAUCGCGUCCACAAUCCAACCGCACAACGCUUCGGCAAUAAAAUCCUUCGACAACGGUUACGUGGACCGGCACUACUCGAUUACUACCCAACAGAAAACGUCAAGCUCCAAACCAUUAUACGAGCAUUCCCGGAGUUGGGACUGGUGGAUGAAGCGGAGGAGAUAAGGAAGGCGGAUGUGGACGCGCGGAAACGAAGGGGUAAAGGACCCCCUCCAAAAGGACAAGGUCGGCGUGCUGCAAAGAACAAGAAGAGAUAGGCGGACUUCAAUUCACUGGCGUACAAAGUCUUGCUUCACAUCACGAUCUAUCGCAUUCUGCAUCUGCUUCGAAGCGCCUUCUUUCCAAUCAAAAGAUAUAUGAGUACUCAAAUCACUACGAAUGUAUAUCAACUUAUGCUUUCGCCUGCUAAACCAAAAAUGCCAAACAAAACUACCAGUUCAAAUGCCCUUUUAAGCGCGUGAGACGUUCUCAGUAAAGUACUGAGUAUCGCCCUGGCCACCAAGGACAUUACCGGGCGUCUUGAAUCGACAAACAAGGUAGUAUGGGUAACUUGAUCCACACCCACUUGAAAAGCCACAACCAACACUCGUCGUGCCCUUCCAAACAAGUUGCGUGAAAU